AUGGAAAAUAAAAUAAACGGUAAGGUGAGCGCCAUGGGUGCCACUUUGAUUUCCGAAGCAGUUGAUUCAAGAGUAGGCGACUUGAGUGAAGCAGGCUACGGCAGGUCCACCUCUAAGUUAUCCGUGAGCUGCAUGUCGUCCGCGCGUAACUUUGGCACCGCUGGCGCGCAGAUCCGCGCUCUGAACCCGGGCGGCGGAGACUGCGCAGUUUUCAAAGACUGUAACGUUGUCGAUGCCCCACUGGCCGGGAAGCCGUUUUACGACCGCAAUAGCGAAUAUUUGAAGAGUGAAAACGUCCAGUGGGACGAUUUUGUUAAAGUUCAGCGGACUGUUGCUGCCAGUGCCACCACGUCCGAAAGUUCCCCAGGCUGCGCCAGUCUGAGCCUGCGCUCCACGCCCGCGCCCUGCAAGUUGAUCAAGGAUGAGAAGGAGUCCUCUAUGAUCAUGGACAACCCCGGUUCCAGUUUCGAUCCAUCCUCUGAGAUAUCUAGUCUCGAAAUCUGCUGCGACGCUGACAGGAAGCUGCAUCAGGGGCUUGGCGAAAGCGAAGCGGCGAGUUUCCCUCCGGCCUCGGCUGUUCCUCCUCGACCUGCUGCUGGGAUGGAGGGCUCUCCAAACUUUCUCAUCGACCUGAACCAGCCGGAGCCGCCGCUGGUGAACGCGACCCGGGCGGACUCCAGGUGCACCAUUCCCGGGAAAGCCCUGCUCAGCUUCGAUGCCAAUAACGCGCAGCCGGGAGCGCAACAGCAGGCGAUGUACAAGACUGAAGCGUCUCGUUGGCAGAUUUCUCCGGCCGAACCCCAGUUCUGGUGCCAGCCAGCCGGGGGGAGCGAGGACCCCUUCACAUCCGGCAGCUACGAUGGCAUCCAGACCCAGAGCCUGCAGAGGAACCCCUCACCUUUCCCCACGUUUCCAGGUAUGCAACCCCAAAGACUGUGCGUGAUCUGCGGGGAUGAGGCAUCUGGAUGCCACUAUGGGGUCUUAACCUGCGGAAGCUGUAAAGUCUUUUUCAAAAGGGCAGUUGAAGGCCAUCACAGCUAUCUCUGCGCCGGACGGAAUGACUGCAUUGUGGACAAAAUACGGAGGAAAAAUUGCCCCGCGUGUCGUCUGCGAAAGUGCUAUCAAGCGGGAAUGAUGCUUGGAGGCAGGAAACUGAAGCGUUUCGGGGCCUUGAAAGCUUUGGGUCUGGCCCCGUCCCUCAUGUUCCAGUCCCACUUGAGCAUGUCCAAUGACAGUCAGGCCUUGGCCCCCAUGUCUUGCAUUCCGAGCAUCCACGAGAUACAGGUCUCUCAACAAAUUAUGAACAUCCUGGAAAACAUUGAGCCCGAGAUCGUGUACUCGGGAUACGACAGCCAGCAGCCCGAAGUUCCCCAUCUUCUGCUGAACAGUCUCAACAGGCUGUGUGAGAAACAGCUGCUGUGGAUAGUCAAGUGGUCCAAGGCCCUGCCAGGGUUUCGUAAUCUGCACAUAAAUGACCAGAUGACCCUAAUCCAGUACUCGUGGAUGAACCUGAUGGUGUUCUCACUUGGGUGGCGCUCAUUUCAGAAUGUCACCAGUGAAUAUUUAUACUUUGCACCUGAUCUGAUUCUUAGUCAAGAACAAAUGAGAAGAUCUCCAAUUUAUGACCUCUGCCUGGCGAUACAGUUUAUCCCACAGGAGUUUUCAAAUCUUCAAGUGACCCGUGAUGAAUUCCUUUGCAUGAAGGCCAUAAUAUUACUGAACACAGUGCCUCUUGAGGGACUCAAAAGUCAGGCGGCGUUUGAGGAAAUGAGACAAAGCUACAUCCGAGAGCUUACCAAGGCCAUCCACAUGAAGGAGAAGGGCGUGGUGGCCUGCUCCCAGCGCUUCUACCAUCUCACCAAACUGAUGGACGCCAUGCACGAUAUAGUGAAGAAGAUCAACCUGUACUGUCUGAGUACCUUCAUCCAAGCUGACGCCAUGAAAGUGGAGUUUCCUGAGAUGAUGUCCGAGGUCAUUGCCUCCCAACUUCCCAAGGUUCUGGCGGGCAUGGUGAGACCCUUGUUAUUCCACACCAAGUGAUGACAUCGGCACAGACACUGCAAAUCCACGGAGGCAGCUUGUGACUGGAUCGUUUUACUGCAG